GACACAUCCAUACAAACACACACACACACACACACACACACAUAUAUACAUUUACUCGGGAUUUACACUGAGAGCAAGCAGGCAGACGGCAGGGAACAGCCCCGACGUCCCUUUCCUCGUCCUUUCGAGUAUUUCACAGAGCCAAAUGCCCGGUCCGACCCAAGCUCUGUCCCCCAAUGGAGAGAACAACAACGACAUCAUUCCGGACAACAACGGCACCAACAUCAUUCCCUACAGAAAGAACACAGUGCGGGGAGAGCGCGCCUACAGCUGGGGGAUGGCGGUCAACGUUUACUCUACCUCAAUCACCCAGGAGACGAUGAGCAGGCAUGACAUCACAGCCUGGGUCAACGAUCUGCUCUGUCUAAACUACACUAAAGUGGAGCAGCUGUCGUCAGGAGCGGCGUACUGUCAGUUCAUGGACAUGCUGUUUCCCGGCUGUAUCAGUCUUAAGAAGGUGAAAUUCCAGGCCAAGCUGGAGCAUGAAUACAUCCACAACUUCAAGCUCCUGCAGGCCUCCUUUAAGCGGAUGAAUGUUGAUAAGAUUAUCCCCGUAGAGAAGCUCGUCAAGGGUCGAUUUCAAGACAACCUGGACUUCAUUCAGUGGUUCAAGAAGUUCUUUGAUGCAAAUUACGACGGUAAAGAGUACGACCCGGUGGAGGCCAGACAGGGACAGGACGCCAUUCCCCCUCCAGACCCUGGCGAGCAGAUCUUCAACCUGCCAAAGAAAUCCCACCACGCCGCCAGCUCUCCCACUGCAGGAGCUACUAGAUCAACCAGUUCCACCCCUAAAUCCUCCACUUCCACCUCCACCUCCACCUCCCGGCCCUCCUCUGCCAAAAAGCUCCCGGUGAUGUCGGCGACUCCUGCGAAGGGCGAGAAGGAGCUGGAAGCCCAAGUAACACAACUAAACGAACAGAUGAACACAUUAAAGCUGGCACUUGAAGGAGUGGAGAAGGAGAGGGAUUUCUACUUCGGGAAGCUACGGGAAGUGGAGCUGUUGUGUCAGGAGCAGGGCCAGGACAACGGACCCUUCGUCGAGAGACUCAUGGAGGUGCUGUACUCCGCAGACGACCAGGAGGCAGGUGGAGAGGAGCACGAGGCUCCGGCUCAGGAGGAGGACGUUCCAGACGACACACAGGACGAAUACUGAACACACACACACACACACACACACUGCUUCAGCUUCAUUCUCUCAGACUCACAACGGUUCAUUUCUCAGUUGCUCUCAUCAUGAAGGAGUGAGAGAUCAGUCGGCCAAACGCUCAAACCCGUCUUUUGUGUUGGUCGUUUCAUUUUGCAGCCCGGUUUGAUCGCAUCAUGACUAUUCUCAACAUCAGCUUAAAUGGUGAAUGUUGUUUGUGUGAAUCCUGUGACAACAGCAAUGCAUUGGGUUUUUAUUACACCUGCAGUUUGCUGAUGUUUCCUCCUGCUGGUUUUCAUCUCAACAACACAUUAUAUAUAGGAACACACCACUUUUUUAUGAAAAUAGGCUCCUUUUACUAAUUAAUGGAGUUAAAGAGUUAAGUUUUACCAUAUUUAAUCCAUUUUAUUGAUCUUUAAGUCUGGCAGGAGCACUUUUAGCUUAGCUUAGCAUAGAUCAUGGAAUCAGAUUAGACCGUUAGCAUCUCACUCAAAUGACCGAAGAGUUUUGAUAUUUUUCUUAAUUAAAGCUUGACUCUGUAAAGACAUUGUGUCUACUGCAAUGUUUGUUGAUUAUUACGCCAGAAUAAGAGUAUGCUACUUGCGUUGCGACCGUUGGCGUGCAAAUCCCACAUCAACCACCCGCACAGAAAUCAGCAGCGCAGCUAGGUUGUAAUGUAUGUGGCAAGAUUAAAGUAAAAAUGCUUCAAGAUUUGAAUGUUUGGUCAAUUUAGUGAGGUGAUAAACUUUUUUUGAGAUCUGGCAACCUGACAAAAACAUGGACAAAAAGUAACUAUAAAUAUUAUGAGAGUUUCCCGGGAGAAAUAAAAAUAAAUGGGAGGGCGGCGUGAGAUGGGUGUGAAAGAACUCCCAGAAAAAACGAGAGUGUUGGUAGGUAUGGUCAAAUCGGUCCAAGUUUAUAUAGGAAAAAAAGUAUUUAAGUUCUUUAGUCUUUUUUGAGAUGCUAAUGGUCUAAUCCGAUUCAAUGAUUUAUGCUAAGCUAAGCUAAAAGUGCUCCCACCGUACUCCGAGAUCAGCUGAAUGGAUUCACAAAUGGUAAAAAUGAACUGUUUACCUCUUUGAGCCUAUUUCCAAAACAAACGUAGUGUUCCUUUAAGGAGAAUUGACUUUCUUCCUAUUGCUUAAGCUGGUUAUGUUCUGAACCUUCAAGUUUUAAAUAUAAUGCAAUAAGAGUAGCGCAAAGAGCUAUUAAGCUACCAUUUGUGAACCGAUUGAUUACCAUGGUAAAUUUUGCAUUAGAUUGUAAUGCAUAUUGGGAGUUAAACCCACGCAGUUUAUUUUAGACUAAAUUAGGUCAUUUUUAAAAGCCGAUCUCAGUGUUGGAUAGUAAGCAUUUCAUUUGGACUGUGCAGUCUGUAACCUGCAUCUGUUUUACUUUACAUGUACAGUAGGAAAGAACCACAGCCAUCAUCUUAAGGAAAUGAUGCACAUUGAAGUUUUUAUUUCGCUGUUUGUCCUGAAGCACAGGACAGAAAACCGCAUUCUCGUGAUCUCCUGAUAUCCGUCAAUAUUCUCCACAGGUCAACGCUUACGUCAUUUUAUUAUUGUGUACAAUGGAAAGGAAUGUAAACAUAUGUACUGUUAAUAAUUAUAAAUAGACAAUGUUUUCUUUUUAUUUCCCUUACAGUAUCUCCCCUUAUGCAUUCCCCGAAUGUGUUGCAUGUUUGCAUUUUAUUUGUGAAUAACUUGACCUGCUUUUUACAUAUUUAAUAAAAAAAGAAGGAAAAAAAAAAAACAAUAAAACAAAUUAUGUUAAAUGUUUUUUUUUUGUAUGUUUAACUUGCUGUUUAAAAGUCUGGAGAUAUGGAUAGACUUGCCCUAAUAAAACCCUUUCACUUACAAAAGGAAGAAA